CGCACGUUUGGUCGUCUGCUGACUGUUUUUGAUCUCCCCUUUAAAUUUCACCUUUCUCUCUGUUUCUAGUCUGACAAUGAUUUUGUAUGUUGACAAAGCACUCAUGGAGGGCAAAAACAAUCACCGGAUGUUCACCCUUUUGUGAAUUUAAGGGCUGACCUAGUCGUGAGACGAGUUGUUUUUCGUUUGGUGUUUGGAUCUUUUCUCGCUCACACUUUUACAGCAGUCACAUCAUCACCACACACACACCGCACAACAUCAAAAGCAACAAAUCACGUCUGCACACAGUCGGCCAGCCUGAACAGACGUACCUUCACACUAGGUUGUGCAUAUUAUUCAUUGGAUUGUUUGUGUCAACAUGUAGUACACUAUGUAGUUAACAAAGAUGACAACAGGCUGACGAUGGUUAGAUAGUGUGUGUACAAUGUACAUGUUGAGUCUAGUGACUGUAUAAAGUCUCUGCUGCCGGGGGUGGUAUGGGAUCAACCUGCUCACUGAGGUCAACUGCCGUCAAAGAUCAAGAACAAGAGGUGGCUAGAUGGAGGGGACACAUUCUUUACGGAAAUGGUAUAGACGACUCGACGCCAAACCUCAGCCGCAAGUCCUCCUACCAGCGCAAGCUCUCAGCCGAAAUCAAAGCAAUGUACACCACCCAUGCAAUGGUAACCAUAACCAUCCUGCACUUCAAUGAUGUGUAUAACGUAGAGCCAAAGGACAGGGAGCCAGUGGGUGGGGCGGCGCGCUUUGCUACAAUCAUCAAGAGUUUCCUGCCGGAGAACCCACUUGUCUUCUUCAGUGGAGACGCCCUGAAUCCGUCCAUCAUGAGUAACGUCACAAGAGGUCAACACAUGGUCCCAGUUUUGAAUGCUAUGAAAGUCAACACUGCAGUUUAUGGCAACCACGACUUUGAUUUUGGCGUGGAUGAGCUUGAAGACAUUGUCCGUGAUACUAACUUCCCUUGGAUGAUGAGCAACGUCAUUGAUAACUUUACUGGACAACCAUUGGCUGAUGGCUUGGUCACGCGCACAAUCACGUGCCAGGGCAAGAAGAUUGGAUUAAUUGGUCUAGUGGAAGAGGAGUGGCUCGUAACCUUAGCAACCAUUGACAGAGAGAAUCUUACAUACAUUGAUUAUGUCACACAAGGCAAUAAACUUGCACAAGUCCUCAAGCAACAGGGGGCUGAUUAUGUGAUAGCUCUAACACACAUGAGGAUGCCUAAUGAUAUACGACUAGCAGAGAAUGUAGAGGAUAUUGACUUGAUACUCGGAGGACACGACCACGAUUAUGAAGCCAUUGAGAAGAAUGGUACAUAUAUCAUCAAGAGCGGAUCCGACUUUAGGACUCUAUCAAGGCUGGAAGUGACCUUUACUGACUUUGACAGGACCAGUGUCAAGGUGGAGAAAAUUGAUAUCACAUCAGAGAUUGAAGAAGACUCCGAGGUGAAAGAGAUUGUCAGUGAAUACCAGAAGAUUAUCAACAAGGAAUUAGAGGACAAACUAGGGACCCUUGAAGUGGACUUGGAUGCAAGGUUCGCCUUGAUCAGAACUCAGGAAACAAACAUUGGUAACUUUGUGACUGACAUUAUGCUGGCGACCAGCAAUGCAGACAUAGCGUUACUGAACUCGGGAACGUUUCGAUCAGACACCAUCCACCAGGCUGGGGACUUCAAGAAGAGAGAUUUAAUGUGUCUGCUUCCAAUGAUAGACGUCUUAGUCGUCCUUCAAAUAACAGGUGUGCAGUUGUGGCAAACUUUGGAGAAUGGCGUCUCCCAGCAUCCAAAGAAAGAGGGCCGCUUCCCUCAAGUCAGCGGGAUGAAGUUCGGAUUCGAUCCUGAUGCAGAACCUGGCUGUAGAAUCGAUCCUUACUCAAUCAGUAUUGGGGAUCAACCAAUCUCACCGAGUAAGGUGUACAGACUCUGUACAAAGGACUACAUAGCCCAGGGUAAAGAUGGCUACGACACCCUUAGGGUUUGUAGACAGCUCUCAUCAGCAGAGGAAGGUCCCGUCCUCUCCACCGUCGUCCAGAAUCAUUUCCUCUCCAUCAACAUAGUCAAGGGGCUCAAGCCGUGUCACUCGGGACAUAGACAGAGCCUUAUUAGUCUCAGCAGGCGUCACAGUCUACUACGGCAGGCAAACUUAGACCUGGCAGAGAGAGCUCAGUGCACUGUGGAUCCCGUAGUGGAAGGACGUAUCUUCCAUCUCCCAGACGAACAGCGCCCUCUGGUAAAAGAACGUCAGUCGCAGUUCCUACAAGCGUACAAGGAAGAAGUGGAAAUGCAACUCGCCAACAACAAUAACUCUCAAAUGUGUCAAACUGCCGAAGACUCCUACCCCCAAACCCUGUCGAACCGGAUCCCGGAGGUAAUAGUUUCUGAUGCAACGUUUUCAUCUCCAAGUCCAGAUGACGAUGGUGACGAUGACGAUGGUGACGAUGACGAUGAGAUAGCGUCACCUUCCUCCUCGUUUGUUUCUAUAUUUGAUGAUGAGGACAUGAGAUGUUUGUGGGGAGCUGUACAGAAAGAUGAUUUAGCUCAGGUGAAACGUCUACACAUUGACCAGUGUGUCAGCUUGGGUUUCAUGUAUAGGCAGACGUCAGCAUUACAUGAAGCUGUGCAUCAUGACGCAAUGAGCGUGGCAGAAUAUUUAUUACAAGAGGCUAAGAUUGAUCCAGAUAUCAGAGAUGAGAUAUCACAGAACACGCCGUUGAUGCUUGCUGUGAUGGACAACAACCACAGGAUGGCCCAGCUCCUUCUCCAGAAUUCAGCAACUCUGCACCUCGCUAACCAGGAGGGAAUGUGUGCCAAAGACUUCUUGCCAGAGAACUCCUCAAGUCAGUUGAAGGGCCUUCUCAAAGACCAAGACAGCAACAGUGUACAUCAAGCUGCCAGUAACGGUGGCAUGUUGUAGACAUUUUCUGGCCUGAUAUUUCUAUCUUAUAUAAGGACAUCUGUAUGAGGUAAGAUUGUAUUUCUAUUUGAACUUUUCAAUGGGCACCAAGGCAAUGAGCAGGAGAAUGGAGGCCGUUGCCAUCAUUGCCUAUAAAAAGUUUGUUCCUGUGCAGGGCAUACUUCUAUCUUGUUUGUGCAGGGGCAGUAUUGGAUUUCUAUUCAUUUCAAUGGGCACCAAGGUAAUGGAGAAUGGAGGCUGUUGCUUCCAUUGCCUAUAUGAAGUAUCAGGCCUGGACAAAUACACUUGUUUUGGGGGUGCAACAUGUACAUCAACAAAUAGUGUUAAAAUGGAAUGACAGUUACCUCAUGGCCCAACAAAUUUUAUCAUGAAGUGUUUUCCUUCCAUAAGCGAGUACCUUUUAAGGAUCAUUUAUUUAUAUAUUAAGUUUUCAUGUCCAUGCAGCUUUCAAAAAAAUUAUCAAAUGGCAAUAAUACACAAAAGAUGGUUUAAUUUUUCAGUCCAGUGAAAAGUUUUAAAGUGGAAGAUUGUUGGUCCUGUAGAGAUGUUUCAGAAAGUUAAGCCCUCUAGUAAUUGCUUAGUUUAUUCAUUACUGUGGUAUUUUUGACAUACACAAACCCUGGUAUUAAUUGCUGAUUAAAAAUCUGUUUACUGAGAGCAAAAGAAGCCUGGGCCUAAUUUCAUGGUGCUACUUACUGCAGAAUUACAGCUGAUAUUGGGGAUCAAUCACAGCUAAGCGUUUCUACUAGGCAGCUUCGUUUUACAAACACCAUGUUCCUCAACAUCCCUUGUUAUAAUUUUAGUUUUAUUAGACUUUACACUGGCAAAAAAAAUAUAAAUAAACAAGCCGAUACAUAAAGAUAAGAAACAAAGAAGCAAAAUAGCUAAAAAAUACCAAGCCAGUGAGUGGCGAGGAGGAACAGGGGACCAGCACCUCUACAAAGCCGUCCUGCCACAAAGAAUGUCCCCUAAAAAUAAUACCCACACACUAAACACACUUUGGGAGACCGUUCUUUUUCACACGCUGGACCAUCUAUUUGGAAUGCUCUUCCAAAGUAGACACUCUUUCCAGCUACAAAACUAACUUAAAAUCUCACUUGUUCAGUCUGGGCUUAAAGACACUGGACACUAUUGGUAAUUGUCAAAGACCAGUCUUCUCACUUGUUGUAUCUCAACAUAUGCA